AUGUACAACAUGAGGGAUUUCAAGUUGAAAGUUUAUUACGAAGAAAUUAUAUCCGAGAAUGUAACUGAUGAUCUUCCUCGUCAUUUCUGUUAUGAAUGUGCAACAAUGUUAUACAAGUAUCACAAAUUCAGGGAAAAGUGCCUUAAUGGACGAGAAAUAUUAAAAGAAUUAAGGAGGAAAGGUCCAAUAAAAUUGUCUUCAAUAUCAAAAGUUGACAGAAAAAGUAAGAACUUGGUGUCAACCAUUGGAAUCAUGCCUGAAUCUAAAAGAUUUCUGACAAUCACUGGAAUUAAUACAGUUCCUGAUUCACUAUACAUUAAAACAGAAAGAGGAACUAUUCUAACAGAAGAUUUGGAAACAGAAAUAGAGUGUAAUGAAGAAAGUAGUGAAAAUAAUGAAUAUAAAUAUGGUGAAGAGUUACUAGAAAUUGAAGAAGACAGCUUAAAAAUGGAGAAGGAGGAUGUUGAAGAAGAAAGUAUGGAUUGUAGCUCUGAAAAGUAUGAUGGAGAGUGGGAGAGUGUGUUAAAUGAUGAUAGACCAAUUGUGCUAGUUGUUGAAGAAAACAGGACCAGAAAAAAUAAUAUUAAGAACAAAAAACAAACCAAAACAAAACAUGAUGUGAUAUUAAACAAAAGAAAAACUAAGAAGGCCAAAAAUACUUGUAAAGGUGAUAAGGAAAGAGGUGGUUUGCCUAAACGGACUCUGUUGGAUCCUGAGCAUUGGUUAAAAAUAAGUUUAGACGAGAAUGAAGCUUUAAAAAAUUUCAAACUGAGAGCCAAAGAUCCAAAGUAUUUAAAAGCAAUGUAUAAGUGCAACAGCUGUUAUAUAACAUUUUCAACACAAGAUAUAAUGGAGCGUCACAUGAAAUUAAAUCAUUGUGAGUCACGUGGACCACAUGAAUGCAAGUUCUGCCAUAAGCGGUUUAAAUUGAAAAGUUUAGUAACACGACACAUUGUAGUGCACUACAAUAAGUUCAAAUGUCUCCGGUGCGACCUGACCUUUCAUUUUGAGCAUUCUGCAAGUAAUCACAAUGAUUUUCAUAGUGGAGUGAUGGUGGCGUGCAAACAUUGCGGGAUGGAAUUCAGACACAAAUCUUCAUACUACUCCCACCUGCGUAUAUAUCACCGCAGUGAGCAUGUCUGUCCCCUGUGCGGGGAGUCAUUCGUCAGCACCAAGGGGUUGCAGCUACACAAGAUACUGAGGCAUUUGAAUGCCGAAAUUAAUCGCAAUAAGAAUGAAGACCAGGCCACCUACUGUGAACGUUGCGACAUCAAAUUUGAGACGCAGAAGGCGUUCUCUGAACAUUUCCAGCAAUCAGUUAAACACGCCAAUGAUUUCCAAUUUAAUGAAGGCCAGGAUCUAGUCGGGUCCAGCGAUGCGCCUGCGCCGUUGAAGGGGGGAGCUAGAAAGACUUUCGCUCGAGUACACCCGGCUCGGCCCACGACCUGUCCGCUGUGUGAGAAAGUGUGUCGAAGCUAUUCGCAGUACGUGAGGCAUCACCGCACAGAGCACAAGGGUGUCCCACUGCCUUGUGACUUCACACAGAUCUGUGAGGUCUGCGGGAUUGCUGUCAAGAGCGGCGCCAUUGGGAUACACAUGAACGUUCACACCAAGGAGAAGGUGUACUCUUGUCAAACGUGCGGCGCGCAGUUCUUCUACCUGUACAGCUUCACCAGACAUCAGUUGACGCACACUGGUGAGAAACCGUUCAAGUGUCCGCUGUGCGAUAAACGCUUUACACAGAAAACCAGUAUGCAGCUGCAUCAUCGCACAUUUCAUUUAAAACAACCCUAUCCGAAGAGAAUAAGAAAAAAAGGGAACAUAACUGUUCAAGAGAGAGAAGAUAUCAGUGAAUGUUCUGACGAGUAA